AUGGGAGAACUGGUUGAAUUAGAAAUUAAAAAUAUAGAGAUAGAUUUUAUCUAUUUAUACAAUUAUAUAAAAGUAAUAUUUAUUGGUCUAUACCCGAAUAACGAGAAUGCAUCACACAAAAAUGAUAAAUGCAAUAUUCAUAAUUGCAUAAGGACUUUUGUUAUUAAUGGUGAUGAUAGCCAUGAAGAAAUUGAAAAAAAAUGGUUAGCCAUACCUCCUACUAAAUAUUCUAAUGCAUAUAAUUUAGUUUAUCUUGGUAGUAUAUUAAUGGUUAUAUUAUACUUAAUAUCACUUAAAUCAUUCCAUAUAAUUGAAGAAAAAUCAGCCCAUGCAUUAAGUAAUUUAAUACCCACAAAUAUACAUCCAUUACUUCAUGAAUAUGUAUUAAGUGGCAAUUUCCUUUAUACACUACUCCAGAUUGUUUCUGGUAGUUAUAUUGUUAUGGGAUUAAUAGAGCCAGUACAUUGGAUACUUAGAAAAUCUAAAAAUAUUGCCAAACAUAUAAUAAGUAGUAUAUUCUUAGGCUUAUUCACUAUGGCAUCUGGAUAUACUAUUUAUUCAGUUAUUAUAUGGACAGUUUCUUUAAUCUUAAGAUUAGUUGAAGAUUAUACUAUUAUAUCAAAUAUAAUAGUAUACGGAUAUUUAUUAGCUACUUUUUAUGGGUUAUGCUUGUUAUUAUAUAUUAUUUAUAAGAAAAAGCAGUCAAAUAGAUGCAUUGGUGAAUACAUUACUUCUAUAUUAUAUACUAUUUUAUUAAUAAUGUGUAUUGCUGCUGUUAUAUACACAUAUAGUAAUAAUAUUUUUGAAAUAAUUGAAUGUAUUAAAAAUGAACUAUACAUGAUUUAUUUUUAA